UUGGAGAAGGUGGCCAUUUCACUUGAGCAUUCUCUUUCUCAUCUGGGGAUGGAUAUGAAAUCUAUAAAAGAUUUGUUGGAGCAGAUGUUGGACCAAGUUCAACAUCAACAUACUGGGGAAUCCAAAGAUGUAUACGAAAUCAUAGGGAAGCUAGAGCAGAUUAAAUCAUAUCUUUUAACCCAAGCAAUGCAUAGCAGUGUAUUUUCUGGACUUUCUUCCCUUCAUUCACCUCCACCUCAACAACCUUCUCCUCCAAUAGCUGACCAGCAAGCAUUAGUAUCAAAUCAACAAACUACUCCUCUGAUAGCUGGCCAGCAAGUAAUGACACAGGCAGUAGACACUGUGGGACAACCAACACCAAUGGUGGUUCAAAAUCCAGCAUCAAAUCCACAGCCAGCUGGCCCGUUUUUCAUGCAUCCAGUACAUUGGCAAGUAGUUGAUGAGAAUCUGUUUAAGGCCGUCGACGAGCCUGUUCUAUGGUUCAGCAAGCUGGUCAAUUCAGAAAAUUCACAACAGCCGCUUACUGUUCCACAUGAUAAAAUACAGUACUUCGAGAAAGGAAGCCCUCCUUCCUCAUAUGCGCAUUCUCCUCUGUUUCUAGGCAUGACCCUACCUGUUACACUGCAUAGUAGUAAACUAGAAAGCAUGAUUGGUGGUGCGCCAGGAUUGCUGUAUAGUAAAACCAAAACCGCAAUGCAUAUAUAUUGGCCCUCCGUUGGCACGUUUUUUAAGAAAUCAACCAUGAUUGAUGUGUGGUUUCAAUGGAAAAAACAUGGUCCGAGACAUAUGCUAAUAGUCAAAGUUGAAGAGCAAGGAACAGGGCCAUCUGGAGCUGGAGCAGAGCCAUCUGGAGCUGGAGCAUCAAAACAUCCUAAACUAGGUGGCGUUUGA